CGAGGACCUCCAAGAAUCGCCGUAUAACAGCACAAAAACGAAUAAACACCAUAAUGGACAAUGAUGGAAAGUCCGGCCCAGAGCCAGACUGAUAAAAAUGAUGCUGCUCAUAUUGCUGAAGCAUGUGGCUCUGGGAUUGUAAAUAGAAGUUGUGACGAACAACAAGAUGUUGGAUUUGGUGGAGGUGAUGACGCUUCAGCAGUUCUUGUUCAAUAUGCCGCUCCUGCACCUUCUCCAUCUCCUGAUGCUGAUUUUAAGAAGGAGCUGUACAGGAACGACAACGGCGAUAACGACGACGCCAAGGACAUGGCGGUCUCAGGAGACGGUGGAGACGUUGACCUACAUCAAGUCCAAGGAAUCAGCGCCGCUUCUUGUUCCCCAAGGGCAACUACCUUGUCUCCAUCCCUGCUUUUGACCGAUGAAGGAGACGAAGUAGGUCCGCUUGGGUUCUUCACCGCAACGAAUCCAGCUCCUGCAGACAAGAAACCUCCGAGCUCAAGGCAGACAAGACUACCGAGUGCGCUUGGUGUUGGGCGAGCAGCUGCCAGCUCUGCAUCUACGGGCCAGCAGGAGCAAUCUCGAGACGCAGCAAAAAAGCAGAGUG